AUGCAGCCAACGGAGAGGACAGGGAAAAGUUGUGAGGUAGCCGGAGGGACGGGCAGGGAGAAGAGUCAGUGUCAUUGGUGCUCUGCUAAGUAGGAAUGAGAGCAACGGCUUUUCCUCCUGUCCGUCAGUCUCUCUGCGUUUCUGUCUGUCUUUCUGAUUGUCUCUCCCUUUCUUUUCUAAUUGUCUCUCAUCCUGGCUGGCGCUGCAACGUUGCUGGCUCUGCAGUGAAAGUGCUGGCUAGUGGAUUCUCCUUGAGUGAACCCUGACUGUGCGCAGUGUUUGCCACUCCGUUACUGUCCUGUCCACCCUGACUCAGCUGUGCAGGCAGCCUGCAGGCACAAACACCGGCUGCAGGAGCAGUCUCUUCAACAGGAGUGCUGUGAGGGUUGGCGGGCAGUCCUCGUACCCCCGGGACUAGUGAAGGAGCCCAACUGGGACGUGCAUCGUUUGGUGUCCAGAAACCCAGACAGCACCUUCCAGAUUUAAUCCAGUAAACCCCAGAGGCCAAGUUGUACUAAAGGAUAUUAUACGAGCUAUCUGGAGCCUGCUGGAUCCUGCAGCAGUUUUUGUUUCGGAGCAGAUCUGGCUGCCAUGGAGGUCCAGUGGGUUGGGGUUGAAGUCCCGAGGCUGAGCCCUCCACACACAGCUGUCGGCCUGAUCUUCUCUAUGCUGCUUGGUCUGUGGUCUGUUCAGGCCCUUGAGAUGUCUGUGGGGAAGAUUCCCUUCCUCCAGGCAGUGAAUGGCAGCACGGUCAUGUUGCCUUGCACAUAUGCCAGCUGCAUCGGCAUCGAGGACCUCUACUUCAGCUGGCAAUUCAAUGACAACGGCACCAUGCAGAAGGUGUGUGAUUCAGUGAUAGCGUCGGAGACGGCGGUGCCACAUGUGAAUAUAUAUCGAGAGCGGGUGGAGUUUGUGGGGAUGAAUCGUAACAACAACAUCUCCAUCUUGCUGUGGAACAUCACCUUUGAGGACGGAGGCCAGUACACUUGUUUUGGACGCAACCCCAAAGAGAAGGGAAGAAACCACAGUACCAUCUUCACCCUAGUUGUGGUGGACGAGUUGAGGGUGGUGGACAACACGCUGACCAUCCUGAUCGCCUCAGCUGUGGGCGGAGGCAUUGCAGCAUUAAUGGGUUUCAUGUUGCUCAAGAACUUCACUCUCUAUGUUCUUGCCAGGCUUGAAGAGAAAAAUAAGGAGUGCCUUGUAACUUCAUCAGGGAUCGACAACACAGAAAAUGGCCUCUCAGGAUCUAAAGCGGAUUCCAAACCAACACCAAAAAAGAAAUGAGAAAGUGCACGUAUAUAAAACAAUAUGAAUACACAUAUUUAUGUACCUUCUUUGCAUAUAUUUUUAUAUGCACAUGUGUUUGCACACACACACACAAAAACAAGCAUAUUCAUUAUGUUCAAGUUGGGAUCCUAAAAACAGCCUGACUGUGACCUUCGAAAGGGAAUACAUACAUGUCCACGGAAUAUUAAUGUUGCAGAUGAUAUACAACUAAGAAAUAUGCAAAUCAGUGCACGCAUAAUUAUUUAAAAUGUGCUUAUAAUUUAAUAAUUUACAUCUAAAGGAUAAUUGCACUUACCAGGGACACUGUCACUUGAUUUAUUUAGUCUUAAUCUUAUAGUAUUUAUAUCCUACCUCCUAUCUGCCAUCCCAUACAUCUUCCUCCUUUGCACACAUUGGUAACACAGUACGAUAAAAACACGGUGAAAAUGUGUUAUCUUUGUUUUUUGGGGGUGUGGCCAGUAACUGAGUCUGAAAUCAGUUAAACAAGUCUCAUGUAAAGCUAGUGUGUGCUUUUACUUCAUGAUUUGUGUCCUGAUGCCACACAGAGCAUGAAUAUCACAUCCAAAAGGUCUCUAUGGAUGACAUUGUUCUCAAAUUGUCUCUGGUUAGACUUUUGGACUGACAAUUUGUUGUAGAUGGUGGAAGUGAGCACACUGCUCUGUCAACAGCAGUGAAGGAAGCUUUACCUUAACAGGAAGGAAGAAAGCAUGACACAUUCGGGAACCUAUUCAACUGAUUGAUUCCACACUGUUUCAGCAGCCUCUGUAUAAUUUAAAGGUGCAAUUUGGAUAAGAGUGGAUGACUUCUUGGUGGAUAUUUGGUCAUUGUAAUGAUUCCCACAGGUAGUCACUUGAUACAUCUGCACCAAGCAAGUAAACAAACUGAAUGUUAAGAAGAAAGACCUCAUUUAAAAUGCUGUGUGGAAACACAGGGGGUGAUUAUCCUGCUGGUAGUGGCCAUGUGUGUUUACAGGUAUUAUGCAGUGAGUGGAAGCUAAGUGGAAGCAAGCUUGUUAAGGAGCAGUAAGCUACGUGUCUCUGGUAGAUGGUUGAACACAUUCAUUAAAACCAAAUUAUGUGCACAUUUUAUUAAAUUAUGGGGAUGAUUGUGUGUGUGUGUGUGUGUGUGUGUGUGUGUGUGUGUGUGUGUGUGUGUGUCUGUGUGUGUGUGUCUGUGUGUGUGUGUGUGUGUGUGUGAAAAACAGUUUAUCAAUUUGCACAGUCAUGCUCUGUUUAAAGUGCUGGGUAGCCAUGAUAUAUCAAUAAUUAUUUGUGGCCACAGCAGCCGGAAUAC